AUGAAGCUCUGGAGCUCAGUACUCGCGGCUCUGGCUUUGACUUCCAGUCAAGUGGCAGCUCAGACAGUCGAUUUAUCAGCGUCUUCAGACCUCACUUUCAUUGGAGGUACACGAACACAGAAAAUUACACGACAAACCGGUCCUCCCACAGGCGCAUAUUCUUCCUACGCCUCCAAGAUCACACUGCAGGGCUCCAGCGAUACCGAAUCGGACCAACUCACGAGCACCCUCACGGGCCUUUUCCCCACAGAUGUCACAGAUAGCACUACCAUUACCAGCAACCUGACAGAGACUGGCACAGGAACCGCCACAGCAAAUGGUACCUCGACUACCACGACGAAAUCAAAGCCUACAAACACACAGCCCUGUAACAAUUACGUCGAGCUUUGCAAGCGCAAGUACGGCAAUAUCACGAUGGUUGGCUGCCACAACUCACCCUUCGUAAGACCGGGUAACUCUGGCUCUAACCAGGAGCUUGAGGUUGAGACGCAACUUAAUGACGGCAUUCGCUUCCUUCAGGCUCAGAUUCAGUUCCCUAGCAACUCAUCAGUGCCACACUUUUGCCAUUCGACCUGUGAUCUUCUUGACGCGGGUCCCAUCACCGACUGGCUAACCAGAGUACGAAAGUGGGUUGACGACCACCCAUACGAUGUUGUCACUAUUCUUCUUGGGAACGGAAACUACUCCCAUCCCGAUCUUUACGUACCGUACAUCAGAGAGACCGGUAUUUUGAAGUAUGUCUACCAAGCGCCUUACCUCCCAAUGGCCCUUGAAGACUGGCCCACUCUGGAAGAGCUGAUCAUUCGUGGCAAGCGAGUCAUCAUGUUCAUCGACUACGUGUCGGAUCAGAAGAAGUACCCCUGGCUUCUCGAUGAGUUCACACAGAUGUGGGAGACUCCUUUUGAUCCCCUGGAUCGCAAAUUUCCCUGCACUGUCCAGCGUCCUCCCGACCUGAGCGACAAAUCAGCCAAGAACCGCCUGUACCUCAUGAACCACAACCUCAACGCCGAGUUCAACGUCUUUGGUGCCGAAAUUCUGGUCCCCGCUGUUGCACUACUCAACGAGACUAAUAACGUCACGGGCUAUGGCAGCCUGGGUGUUGCGGCCAACAACUGCCGCUCUGACUGGGGCCGGGCUCCCAAUAUUCUCAACGUGGACUAUUACAAUUACGGCGGCUUCCCUGGCUCUGUCUUUGAGGUUGCUGCGCAGAUGAAUAAUGUGACAUACAACCGUGACAGUUGUUGCGGUACCGUGAGCCUGGCUCCACAUACAUAUCAAGCUGCGUCUAUGACAGCUUUGCUGGCUGCAUUGAUGUCAGCAUACCUCAUGUUUUAG